CACCAUCUCCGGUUCUUCAAUGCCCGUCUUUCACCAUGUGAUGCCUUUGCAUGUUGGCCCUCGUGGCCUGAUAAAUUCAACUCUUCGAUAUCUUCUCUCCCCUCCGUCUCGCCGCCUUUCCUCAUCAUUCAUCUCUCUGCCAAACCGCAAGCAUGAGAUCAUACACCUUCCCAUCGGCCUCCACGGUGAAUUAAGGAUUGAUCUCAUCUCCCCUCUUCAGCCAACCUCCAUACGUAACCUCCUCGUCCAUCUUCCCUCUGGGCCUUCGUUAGCAACCGGACUGCACAAUUCUUCCGAUCACCAGCUGGCCAAUAUCCAAUCCGCUAUCUCAGAAACGACCACGCUUGUCUCGAUCAACUACCGACUCGACACCUCGCCACCAGGCCCAGACCAUGAUAGUGCUAGGGACCACUUCCCUACCCCCAUUCACGACGUUACCGCCGCACUCGACUACCUAACAUCAUCCACCUCAUCAUUCAACUAUGAUCAGGAUACACCCCCCAAAAUCUGCCUCGUUGGCAACCACAUCGGAGGAGCAUUGGCCACCACUCUCGCCUUGACACAACCAAACGACAUCCAUGGUCUCGCCAUCACCGAUCCACUGGUCGAUUGGGUCGUCCUCGACGAGAUUGUCGAACACUUACGUGGUGUGGAAGAAUCACACGAACCAGAAACACACACCACAGGACAUGACUCUUUGAGAAAGAGACAAAGAUCGAGAUACCUUUCACGAUUUGGCGGUGUAUCCGAAGCCGGUCUAUUAGAAGCAAGCGAAUCACUAAUCCGUCUCCGUUCGAAAUUAUUCAAGACACCAUCAGCAUACUUUGAUCCAUUUGCCAGUCCGAUAUUAUUUCUCCGAGCCCCUGGGAGAGAUACACCAUAUGCAACCACUGUCGGCGACCGACUACUACAGGACAUGACGAUUGAUGAACCAGAUUCCGAAUCCGACUCCGAUUCCUUUGGACCAUACGACGACGACUGGGACCAAACCAGCAAUUCAUCACCAGAUAAUUCUUCUCAGCCCGAAUCCAUCCUUCAAUCCGACUAUCCCCUCAUUCAACCUUUAGAAGGUAUCGACUCAGCUAAAACCAUCACAACACGAACUACCAGUCAUACACCCCCUCGGCGCCGCAAAGUCCUCCGUCGCUGGCCAUCGGUCGGCCGACCGGAGGAAGUCCUUCUACCAGAAGUACGAAUAUUUCUCUCACCCACCAUAUCUCCAUCAGAUCCAUUACUGCAACAAGGCAUGACAAGUCUUCUUCGCGCUCAGAGUAUCGAACUCGCUGAUUUACUGCGGCGAGCUUGUUUCUAUGGACGGGAAUCCGGGUUUGCCCAGGAUCGCGUACAGGUCAUUGAAGCUAAUGGCAGGGUCAAAACCACGACCCCCGCAGGGGAUAAAGGGGCGUUGGAAUCAGAGAUUCAUGCUGUUGAUGAUGAUGUUCUUGAUGAUCCAGCUACCGGGUCUAUACGUCCGUAUGGGACAUCUCAGCUUUUAAAUGCCGUUGCAUGGGCUGAGAAGGCUUUUAGUCGUGAAUCAUGAAUGAAUAUUGAGACUAUACAUGUGACAUGAGGUCUAUAUAUGUCUGGCAUCUAUGGAUGAUUGAAGCUAUAAAACAUGAUGGAUGAAGAAGAAGCAGGAUGAUAAAGGCUAAUAUGUAUGUAUACAUAUACGUAAGAUACCCCCUUUUCCCAAGAUUCUCUUCUUCCCAGCCAGGCUGUCUACUUAGAUUCCUCGAUUAUUCUAAACUUUAGUACAUACUAG